AAUUUACAAAACCCAACCACUCUUCUAUCUCCCUCACUCACUCGCACAUCAAGGCUCAACCCGCAGAGCCACCUUGCCUGAGCCGUCACCCCCGCAGAGCCACCGCCCGACGCCUGAGCCUUCUUCUGUAAUCUGUGGCAAAGCCACUCCAUCAAGUUCUCAAGUUGCCAGGAUUUCAUUCGCAGUGUUGUGUUGAUUGAUGGGUACGGAGAGGAAGAGGAAGGUGAGUUUGUUUGACGUGGUGGAUGAGACCUCGGUCUCAGCGAAGAUCACGAAAUCGAACGGUAGCCAGGUGAGUAAUAACACCGGGAACAGUAUGAUAAAUUUGUGGAACGGCAAGGCCUACUCGCAGAGGUACUUUGAUAUACUUGAGAAGAGGAAGACCUUGCCUGUUUGGCAGCAGAAAGAAGAGUUUUUGCAGGUUUUGAGGGCUAAUCAGACUUUGAUUUUGGUUGGUGAGACUGGUAGUGGUAAAACAACUCAGAUCCCACAAUUUGUUUUGGACGCUGUUGAUAUUGAAACUCCAGAUAAAAGAAAAAAGAUGAUGAUUGCAUGCACCCAGCCUCGUAGAGUGGCUGCCAUGUCUGUUUCUCGACGUGUAGCUGAAGAGAUGGAUGUAACCAUUGGUGAAGAGGUUGGUUAUAGCAUUCGUUUUGAGGACUGCAGCAGUGCAAAGACAGUUUUGAAGUAUCUAACAGAUGGUAUGCUUUUAAGAGAAGCAAUGACAGAUCCACUAUUGGAACGCUACAAGGUGAUAAUUCUUGAUGAGGCUCAUGAAAGAACUUUGGCAACAGAUGUUCUUUUUGGACUGUUAAAGGAAGUAUUGAAAAAUAGACCUGACCUGAAGCUGGUUGUGAUGAGUGCAACUCUUGAGGCUGAAAAAUUUCAGGGUUAUUUUAGUGGUGCACCGCUUAUGAAGGUUCCCGGUAGGCUUCACCCUGUGGAAAUAUUUUACACCCAAGAACCAGAAAGGGACUACCUUGAGGCCGCAAUUCGAACAGUUGUCCAGAUACAUAUGUGUGAGCCUCCUGGCGAUAUACUUGUAUUUCUUACUGGAGAGGAGGAGAUAGAGGAUGCAUGCCGUAAAAUUAACAAGGAGGUUGCAAAUCUUGGGGAUCAGGUGGGUCCUGUGAAAGCAGUUCCUCUGUAUUCAACUCUUCCUCCAGCUAUGCAGCAGAAGAUAUUUGACCCUGCUCCUCCUCCACUGAAUGAGGGAGGCCCACCAGGAAGGAAGAUUGUGGUAUCAACGAACAUUGCUGAAACUUCUUUGACCAUAGACGGGAUAGUUUAUGUUAUUGACCCUGGGUUUGCUAAACAAAAAGUUUAUAACCCAAGAGUAAGAGUUGAGUCCUUGUUGGUUUCUCCCAUAUCAAAGGCCAGUGCGCAUCAAAGAUCAGGGCGUGCUGGAAGAACCCAACCAGGAAAAUGUUUUAGACUUUACACAGAGAGGAGUUUUAAUAAUGAUCUUCAGCCACAGACCUAUCCUGAAAUAUUGAGAUCAAACCUUGCAAAUACAGUCCUGACUUUGAAGAAAUUGGGAAUAGAUGAUCUGGUUCACUUUGACUUCAUGGACCCCCCUGCUCCAGAGACAUUAAUGCGAGCACUAGAGGUGUUGAAUUAUUUGGGAGCGUUGGACGAUGAAGGAAACUUGACAAAGUUGGGACAAAUUAUGAGUGAGUUUCCACUAGAUCCUCAGAUGUCCAAGAUGCUGGUUGUUAGCCCUGAAUUCAACUGUUCAAAUGAGAUUCUAUCCAUUUCUGCCAUGCUUUCAGUACCCAAUUGCUUUGUCCGGCCUAGGGAGGCUCAAAAAGCUGCGGAUGAGGCAAAAGCUAGGUUUGGCCACAUCGAUGGAGAUCACCUCACACUUCUGAACGUGUAUCAUGCCUACAAGCAAAAUAAUGAGGAUCAGUCUUGGUGCUACGAAAAUUUUGUCAACCAUAGAGCGCUGAAAUCUGCUGAUAAUGUCAGGCAGCAGCUAGUUCGGAUCAUGGCGCGAUACAACCUCAAGUUAUGCAGUACUGAUUUCAGCAGCCGUGACUACUACAUCAACAUAAGAAAGGCCAUGCUAGCUGGAUAUUUCAUGCAGGUGGCUCAUCUGGAACGCACUGGACACUACUUAACCGUGAAAGAUAACCAGGUUGUGCAUUUGCAUCCUUCAAAUUGCCUUGAUCACAAGCCAGAGUGGGUCAUCUACAAUGAGUAUGUGUUAACAAGCCGGAAUUUUAUACGUACAGUUACAGAUGUUCGUGGCGAGUGGUUAGUUGAUAUAGCACCACAUUACUUCGACCUUGAGAACUUUCCUCAGUGUGAGGCCAAGAGAGUUCUUGAGAAGCUUUACAAGAAGCGUGAAAGGGAGAAGGAGGAGAGCAGAAACAGAAGGUGAAGUUUUUCCCGAAUCUUUCGACUCCAUAUUUAUCUCUCUAGUGGUGAAAAUGUUGGAUUUGAUUUGAUUUGAUGAUCCCCUCUGAUUAUCUUUUAAACAUAUUCUACCUUUCCCGGGGGAUGCCCACAUGUCACACUCGUCAAUGAAAAUGAUGGAAGAUGCAGCCAUGUUUAAUGUAUCAUUUUCUAGAUAGCUAUAGUAGUAGUUGACCAUUAUUAUUACAUUAUUGUGUUAUUUUUUAUUUGAGUUGGAUUUUGUGGUUUCAUUUUCUAGAAAUCACUAGUUGUUGAAAAUUUAGAAGAUGACAUACCUGAGUCUGUUCUGCUGCCAUA